CUUUCGUGAAGUAAACAAGCAACCCACAACCCACUCUCAACAUGUUCAAGUUGGCUGUUCUCGCCGCCAUUCUGGCUGUCGCUACUGCUGCUCCUGGUGGUCUCACCGGCAUCGUCGGUGACCAUGGAAUUGGCCCGAUCACGGCUCCAGUGGUUCUCAGCCAUGCCCCGGCUCUCGCUGCUGCCCACGUGAUCGCUCAACCCGUCGCCCCAAUCGUUCGCACCGCUCCCAUCGUCACCAAAGCCGUGCUCACCGCCGCCCCAUUGCCCCUUCUUUCUCAUGGCUUGCAUUAGAUGACAGCUGAUACUAUCUUUCUACCACCAAGUCACGACGAGACAGCCCCCUAGAAAAACACAUACACAUACACACACAUACACCUCCCUCCCUUCCUCUCUACCCACCUUGAUUCCUCGUACGAUCGUCCCCUCUUUAAAAAGACGAAAGAAUCAAUAGGAAAGACGACUAGCUGGAAGAAGAAAACUGGACAACGAAAAAUACCAUGAAAAGCAUAGAUUCCAUUCUCGGCAAUCAUCAUCGAGGACAUUGGAUUCCGGGCGCGGGAAAAUUCGGGAUACGUCCAGGACCCGUCAACGACCAGGAUCAAGCGUCUGAAUCGUAUCCGCUAGCAUCUUUCCUUUCGGAGCAUCCGCGGCUUCCAGGAUCAUCAAUGUAAUUCGGACAUUCGCAUCUCAAUCAUUGCACCAUCAUCCAGGACCCUUCCCCCUUUG